AUGGCAACGAAAUUGGCUGCCGAUGUCAAGGCUUAUUUUCACGCACAGGCGCCGUUUCAGGGUGGGAAGGGUGAUGGGAGAGACUGGUGGAAAUCCCUCUUGGUAAAUGUCACAUCGGACCCUCUCAAAGCCAUGGCUGUCAAAUUGUUUAGUAUUGUUCCCCAUGCAGCAGAGGUCGAGCAGUUUUUUUCCAAUCUAGGUGGUGUUCAGAGUGUCAAGCGCUUGCGUCUCAUGGUUUCUCAUAUGGAAACAUUGGGAAUGCUUUGGAACCAUUACACACAUUAA